AUGCUCCGCACCACCGCCGCGAUGCUCCGGUCCCCCUCCUCCCUCCGCGCGCUCCUGCGCCUCUCCCGCCGCGCCCCCCUCCCCCGCCUCCACCCGCUCCACCCCCACCCCCGCCCCCUCUCCUCCUCGCCCAAGCCCGCCCGCGCCCCCCUCGUCCCGCCGGAGCCGCUCUCCUCGCCCGACACCACCGCCGCCGCCAACCCCGACACCACCGCCGACCCCGACUCCGACGCCGACUCUUCCUGGGGCGUGUUCGACCCCGUCGCCGGCCGCAUCGUCAUGCAAUCCCACCCGCCCCCUCCCCUCCCCCCCUCCAGCUCCGACCGCGAGGAGGUGGAGGAGGAAGAGGAGGUGGUGGAGGUGAAGCGGAGGGCGAGGCCGAGCGGCGGGAAGCGCGAGCCGAGGUGGGCGGAUGUGGCCACCGCGAGGAGGGCCGCGGGGAAGGGCGGCAAGGCGCCGAGGGCCUCCUACGUCUGCAGCAACUGCGGGGAAGGCUUCUCGCAGUGGUGGGGCACCUGCCGCAGCUGCCAGGCCGUGGGGACCCUCACCAAGUUCUUCCCGGGGGCCGCCGCCGACUCCGCCGCUGACGACGCCGAGGGGUCGCACCACGCCGCCCGCUCGUGGAUUCGCCAGAAGAGCAAGGAGAUGGUGCCCAAGAAGCUCCAGGAAGUGACCAAGGGCUUUGACCAGGCGGGCUGGCGCAUACCGCUGCCAGGGACAUUUGGAAAUGAAAUUUCUCGGGUGCUUGGAGGUGGCGUUGUUCCUGGCUCCUUGGUUUUAGUAGGUGGGGAUCCAGGUGUUGGCAAAAGUACAUUGAUGCUACAGCUCGCUUCUAUUGUAUCUGAAGAUUCCGAGGAUCAUGGGUCUUCUCCUGUUGUGUAUGUGUCCGGUGAGGAGAGCAUUGAGCAAAUUGCAAACAGGGCUGACCGGAUGAAUAUCAGGUCUAAAGAUUUGUAUCUAUACUCUAGUACAGAUAUUGAGGAUAUCUUGGACAAAAUCCAGCCAUUAUCUCCAAGAGCUCUUGUUGUUGAUUCAAUUCAGACAGUUUAUCUAUCAGCGUUUGCUGGAAGUGCAGGGAAUCAAGUGCAGGUCAAGGAAUGCACAUCUGCCCUGUUAAGUUUUGCAAAAAUGACAAAUAUCCCUGUUUUCCUGAUUGGACACGUUACAAAAACUGGUGAUAUUGCCGGCCCUCGUGUUCUGGAGCACAUAGUAGAUGUUGUUUUAUAUAUGGAGGGAGAGAGAUGCUUAUCUCAUCGACUGUUACGGUCAGUUAAGAAUCGUUUCGGUUCAACAGACGAGCUUGGUGUAUUUGAAAUGUCAGAACACGGUCUGCAUGCUGUUCUGAAUCCCAGUGAGAUGUUCUUAACUGAACAUGACUCUGAUUCUGAAAUACUGGCUGGGCUUGCUGUAGCUGUUGUUUUGGAUGGAUCCAGAACCUUCGCUAUUGAAGUUCAGGCACUGUGUGUUCCCGGUUCUCCUGGUCAAGGAAAAGUUGUUGGCACACAGUCAAAAAGGGUUGAUAUGAUAAUAUCAGUUCUUAUGAAGCAGGCAGGUCUUAAAUUUCAGGAUAAUGUUGUUUAUCUGAACGUGGUCAGUGGGUUCGUGCUGUCGGAGACUGCAGGAGAUCUGGCCAUAGCAGCUUCGAUUUGCAGCAGUUUCUUGGAAUUUCCUAUCCCAAAUGAUAUUGCAUUUAUUGGAGAGAUUGGCCUUGGUGGUGAACUUAGAACUGUGCCAAGAAUGGAUAAGAGGGUGAUGGCUAUCGCGAAGUUGGGCUACAGGAAAUGCGUCGUUCCCAAGACUUCGGUGAAGCUGCUCAAACCUCUCGAUCUAGAUAUCCAGAUCUUGCCCUGCAACAACCUGAAGGAGUUCAUAAACACCGUGUUCAGGCCAGAAGCAUGAUGUUGCAUCCUGGCAACAGCUAGCUGAUUGACUGACUGUAGGUUUUUAGCGUGCGUACUGCAUAGGUCCAUUAGUCAUCGGUAACUUGUUCGUCCAUUUGAAGUCCCAUUUAUACACUUCAACCGUUCGAAUCCCCCAGCCAUUUUGUGCAUGUUCCUUUUGCUAGGAAGCACGGCUCAUCAUGCUCACAAGUUGCCACUAUGCAUGCCUGAUGUAAAUCAUCCCAUCCCGGUUAUAUAUAUAGUUCUGCUUGCCUUU